AUGUGUGGGAAGAGGUCCAAGUGCUCCUUCUCCCGCCUGGAGGUGAUCCUCAUCGUUUGCCUGACGUUGAUGAUCGUUGUGACUGUGGUGCUCCUCACCCUCCACUUUCUCACCAAAGAGAGCAACGGCAAGUUGAGCUAUUUCAGUCCUGCCAUCACAUCUUGCUUGAAAUCCAGUGAACCACCAGCAGCGAACCAAUACUUACUGGGUGUAGGUCGAGCUGACUGCACGGGACCUGUGGCAGAAAUUCCUCUGAUGGGAUAUGCCAACCCAGACCAGGUGGGUGGCGGGCUACUCUCGCGCCUCUACAGCCGAGCCUUCAUCGUGGCGGACCUUGAUGACUCCAGGCGAGUCGUGUUUGUUAGCGCUGACAUAGGAAUGGUGUCUCAGAGACUGAGGCUGGAGGUGCUGAAGGAACUGAAGAGUAAGUACGGCGAGCUGUACCGACGGGACAACGUCAUCCUCAGUGGCACCCACACACACUCGGGUCCUGGUGGCUACUUCCAGUACACACUCUUCAGGAUCACUAGCAAAGGGCUAAUCAGACCAUCCCUCAACGCGAUCGUGAAUGGCAUCGUAAAGAGCAUUGAUAUAGCGCAUCAGAACAUGAAGAGAGGAAAGCUUUUUGUAAACAGAGGCACUGUAGAAAACAGCCAGAUCAACCGAAGCCCUUUCUCCUAUCUUGAGAAUCCAGCAUCCGAACGAAGGAGGUAUUCAUCUGACACAGAUAAAGAAAUGGUGUUGCUGAAGAUGGUAGACGAGGGUGGACAGGACAUAGGCCUUAUCAGCUGGUUUGCCGUGCACCCGGUCAGCAUGAACAACACAAACCAUCUUGUGAACAGCGACAACGUGGGCUAUGCUUCUUACUUGUUUGAACAGGAGAAGAACAAGGGGAUGCUUCCCGGAGAGGGCUCUUUUGUGGCUGCCUUCGCAUCCUCCAACUUGGGAGAUGUGUCGCCCAACACUAAAGGCCCGUUCUGCGUAAACACAGGGGAGUCGUGCAACAACCCACAGAGCACCUGUCCCGUGGGGGGGGCAACGAUGUGCAUGGCCAUGGGUCCCGGUAAAGACAUGUUUGACAGUACGAGAAUUAUAGGACAGAAUAUCUACUUGAAAGCAAGGGAUCUGUAUGAAAAAGCUUCCCAAGAGGUCACAGGACCCCUCAGCUCAGCCCACCAGUGGGUGAACAUGAGUGAUGUCUCGGUGGAGCUCAAUGCUACACACAUGGUUAAAACAUGUAAACCAGCCUUAGGACACAGCUUUGCUGCGGGGACUAUUGAUGGAGUGGGGGCUUUCAACUUCACACAAGGCUCAGUAGAAGGGAAUCCAUUUUGGGAUGAAAUCCGGGACCAGCUGCUGGGGGAGCCAUCCAAUGAAACGAAAGCCUGCCACAAACCCAAGCCGAUCCUCUUCAGCACCGGAGAGAUGACUCGGCCUCACCCAUGGCACCCAGACAUUGUGGAUGUUCAGAUUGUUGCCAUUGGAUCACUGGCAAUCAUUGCUGUUCCUGGAGAAUUCACGACCAUGUCUGGACGCAGGCUACGGGAAGCUGUUAAAAGAGAAUUUGAUUCUUAUGGUGGACCAAGAAUGGAUGUCGUAAUUGCAGGUCUGUGCAAUGUCUACACCCAUUACAUUACCACCUAUGAAGAAUACCAGGUUCAACGAUAUGAGGCUGCAUCGACUAUUUAUGGACCACACACCCUUGCUGCUUAUAUUCAGCUGUACAGAGGACUUGCAAAGGCUAUUGCUACGAAUACAGUUCAGGAUUUGCCACAUGGUCCAGAGCCCCCAUUUUUCAAUAUAGGUAAUGUGACCUUGGUGCCUCCUCUCAUGGUCGAUCGCGUGCCAGUGAAUAAGACAUUUGGGGAUGUGCUACAAGAAGUGAUACAACAGUAUCGAGCGACAGAAGUUGCUGAAGUAACUUUUGUAGGCGCAAACCCCAGGAACAGUGCAGAGAACGCGACGAAACACAACUUCCUGACGGUAGAGAGAUACACUAAUACUUCAGACAGCUGGCACGUAGUACAGAAUGAUGCCUCCUGGGACACCAGGUUUUACUGGACCAAAGGAUUUCUUGGUCGGAGCACCGUGUCUAUUGAAUGGCACAUCCCUCUUGGCACAGAGCCAGGCAUCUACAGGAUACGGUACUUUGGGCACUACAGGAAAAAACUGUCUCAAAGUCAUAGUGUCUCUAUUCCAUUUGAAGGCACAUCUUCAGCAUUUGAAAUCACAGCUCUGUAGGUGAUCUCAUUCCUUGAAGGGAUUGUUUCCUUUGAGCUGUAGAUUUAAUAUCUGUGAUGUUCACAAUGCAUGCCUGGGAGGUUUUUUGUGGCAUACGUGACUCUAUACAUCAUUGCUGUCCCUCAAGCGCUGCUGGUCGUCCUUUGCCGUGCAAAGCUCAACUUCCUGCAAAGUUUUGACUUUUACCUGCAGUUCAGUCUCACCAGCCCAAUGUAUUCUCAUUUAGGCAGUUCCCAUCCUGUCCAGAUCUCGUUGCAGUUGAUUCUUAUUGUAGUAAAAGAUGUAACCGUUUUUCUUUAGUCAUUAAACAAGUGCUUAUUGAUUGUGAAUAGGCUCCCUCUGAGAGAAUCAGUGCAUAUUGGGAGCUAAUCCAGACCAUAAAUCAGUCCAUAAAUUUGAGCCCAGUCCAUAAAACUUGAAAGAGCUGGUGAAUUCACAAGGCAUCAGAAGAGAAGACUCCUCAAUCGUGCUUGAAGUGCAAAGCUGA